AUUAUUGUAAGUCCUGUCUGAUGUGUAUUUGCUGCGAGUUUACAACUGGUGACAGUGUCUUGCAUUUAAGCAGUCGGAGUUCUGUUGUCUUAAAAGGUUAAGCCAAAUGUCACCGCUUGCCCUCGUCGUUGCGGCUGCAAUUGCCGUGGUAGUUAAUGCACAGCAGCAAGAAAACUCUUCCAACGUUACACUUCUCGAGACCCCUGACGAAGGCAAUGUUACCACACGCUCGCCCAGCCUCGAACCCCGGCAGUUAUUUCCCGGUCUUUUUGGGUUACCUUCCCCCUUUCCCGUGGCAAGCAGUAACGUGGCCUUCAGUGUGAGGAAAGCUAGUGAAAACCUACGCGCCUUUACCCGGGUCCACUUCCGGGAUGUUUUGACUAACAUAGGUGGUGCCUGGAACCCUUCUACAAGCCUGUUCACAGCUCCUUUUGACGGCGGCUACUACUUUGUCUUCCAUGCUGUAGGCUCUCGGACCACGGACUUCACAAUGGCCUUGAUGAAGAACGGUGAAUACGAGGUGACGGCCUAUGGCACCCGGACGUCUUACGAACACGGCUCUAAUUCGGCGUUUUUGGCGUUGCGUCGGUAUGACAGGAUCGGGCUGGACCUUCAACAGGGCAUGAUCUACGAACACCCCGGCGACGAGGCCUAUACAACUUUCACUGGUUUUCUUUUAUUUAGACUGUAACGGAUACAACCUUAAUUCACGUCCUAGAGACUUUUGUUUUAUAAAUGCUUGAAGCAAUAAACUAAUAUUAAAUAGUUUUCACAUUCUACCUAAAA